UUGUGCGCCCUGAAACUUCUCGAGCGGCCUUUCCCCAUGAAGCGGCUUUUGGGCAUGGGCGAGAAACAGAUGACCAUGGAGGAUGCAGUGAAAGCAAAGAAUGGCAAUCAGCUGGCUGAAAUGGUGCAGGAAAAGCUGGGAGACAAGGCUGAAGCCCUGAAGCUGUUGCAGGACACUUUGGCAGCACUGAGUGGGGAAGCUCCAGUUGUCCUUGAAGCUGAUGCGCUUGUGGCGGGACCGGGACUGGGACAGGAAAUCGCCAAGCUCUGGGUCUCCGGUGGUGCGCCCAAGGGGCGAUUCGAGAUCACAGUCACAGAGGAAGGGCUGCGGGCGCAGGGAGCCUCCAAGACCUUUCAGUUCCAAUGGACAGAUGUGCUCCAUUUCUUGAAACUCCCGAAAUGGGAGCACAGCCGAAAAGCCGGAGCCGCUGCGAAGUCCUACUGGCUAGUUCUGGUCCUGGAGCAAGCAUUUUCGCUGGGAAAGCAGCAGCAUCAAUGCCUUGUCCUCAACGCCAAUGGCGUCAAAGCUCCCGAGAAACGGCCCGUCUUGGCCGAAGGUCGCGACACUGCGCGGCAGCAACGCUGUGCCCAGGCCUUGGAGAACGAGCCAAGCACGGCCGAGGCGACUAUCCUGUCCCGGCUUCUGGCCGCGUGCCUCGGCAGGAAAGCCCUCGAACCCGAGAGUUCGGCGUGUUCGGUGGAAGCUGUUCCUGCCUGGGCAGAUUUAGAUGAAGGUCACAUUUAUCCUCUGAGUGUAGGGCUUUGCUUCCUGCCCAAGCCUGCGAUCUUCGUCCCGGGCGAAGACAUGUUGCAAGCCGAAGCCGGUCCCCGUCGUGGUCCCAGAGGGGGCGAUCUCAUCCUCCACCGGGUGCAGAGUAAACAGGUGAAGUUUCAACAAAUUUCUGCCGGCGAUAUGAAUGCACUGCUGAGCUACAUUUCAGCUUUGGCCUCCCAGUACCACCCAUCAGAAGCUCGAGCAGAUGAUCAAAACUUGGAAGACGAUGAAGAUGAUUCCGACUUUGAGGACGAGGUCGUGGGAACAACCAAUCCGCCGGCCAAACGCCGUGCCGUGACACGCAGCCAGACCUCGGGGAAAGCCGCUGGAGUGACGCCGGUCUUGGUGCAAGAUCUGCCGGCUCCUUCACGCGGCAAGGCCGAGAAAGAAGAGGACAGCGAUGCUGACGACCUCGGGGAAGGGGAAGAGUCAGACAUCGAAGACGUCGAAUGAUGCAGCGCAUCAAGUCAUUUUGGAUGCUCUCAGAGCAUGUGUUGCAGAGCGGAAAAA